GAUUAAUGGAAUCUUCUAAGGGAUCUUUGUGCAUACUCACUAUCAACUUCAUGGAUUAGCGGAAUUCAAGUAACUGAAAUGCAACUGUCCACACAUCAAGAUGCUGCUUAAAAAAUUAAAGUUUGAAAAUACUAUUGGAGAGCCCCACCUGAGAAGCAGAUUCCUAGCAAUUUUAUUUUGCAAAAAAAAAAAAUUCUUGGAGGGCUAGAAGACAAAAGCGCAUCAAAGCUUAGGCACUUUUUAGCCCACUUGAACCCCAUGAAUGUGUGAUUGUGAUUGAGAUUAUAAAAUAAGUUGAUAAUCUCAUAAACAACUUCAAUUCCAUCUCUUCGGACAUCUCAUUCUUGGAUUCGAUCAUGUCAAAUUCAAUACUUCUGAAACUCAUCGACUUUGUUACACACUUGGAUCGAAACGGAAAUCCGUAUAAAGAAACAGCUCUAUUCAUCACCAAUCAACUCAGAACACCUUUACCUAAAUGGGCAAGAUAUGUCGAGUGGUCUUUAGGUUUUCCAUUAUUGUUGAUACUUUUUCAAUCUAUCCAUCUUAUCAUUUUAAGAAUCAAAAGAAAGAAAUUUUAUUUUUUCAAAAUGAAUUAUCUGGGAUUAAUUCGAAUAAAUAUUUCGGUUCAUUGUAGUUUUGCUUUAGCAAUCUAUAGUAUACUUUCGAUCAUCAGUAUAGCUUUGAGGGAGUUUGUUUUAGCCGGGUAUGAUGUUCAUGGUUGGUUGGAUGCGAUUCUAGGCGCAAAGUCUUUACUCUUACUUAGUGCUUCAUGGUAAGGCUUCUUUCAAAGAAAAUCUAUGAAGAGAUCAUAGGAAAAAUCUGACUUGAAUCACGUUUUGACGGAAAGGGCUCACCUAUGGAUCUGCAUUUGUCAUUGUACACUGAUGAGACUAAUGUCUGUAGGAGUGCCAUCGUGUCGAUUACCAUCAAUAGUUUCAUGUUCAAUGAACACUACCUUUAUAGUGAUGCUUGUGUGGCCUAUCCUGCCUAUCACUUGGUCUUUCUGUAAAGUCUCAAAUGAACAUCAAUACCUUCAAAAAUCUUUGAAACCUAUCAUCGAUGACCUCAUGAUUUCAGCAUCAAAUUAUUCUAGUAUUGAUUAUACUCCAGUGAAGGUAUUUACUAUUCUGAUCCCUGCACAGAAAUAUGUGAAGCACUUUGUGAGUCUUGUCUUGAUACUAUUUUUUGAUGAAAUUCAAUGAGAAAUGCCAUUCUGGAUCGUGAUUUGAAUAGAUUUUU